AAAGGAGGCGAGCAUGGAUCCUCUGAAUCCACUAGUAAUGCAGAGCCAAAACCGUUACUCCAGUGCGACACAUGUGGGAAAGAAUUCAAGUUUAAGUCUAGUUUUUACAGACAUCUGAGAACACACACAGGUGAGAAGCCACAUUCUUGCAACGUAUGUGGGAAACGAUUCAGUCAGAAAGCAACAUUGAAACCUCAUAUGAAAAUCCACACAGGUGAGAACAUGAAGCCACAUUCUUGCAAAACAUGUGAAAAGACUUUUCCAUCUAAUAGUCAGUUGCUGGUCCACAUGAGAAAACACACAGGUGAGAAGCCAUAUUCUUGCAAUGUAUGUGGGAAAGGAUUCAGUGUGAAAUCAUCAUUGACCUUUCACAUGAAAAUCCACACAGAGGAGAACUUCAAGCCACAUUCUUGCAAAACAUGUGGAAAAGAUUUUCGACAUAGUGGUAACUUGGUGGUCCACAUGAGAACACACACAGGUGACCCAUAUUCUUGCGAAACCUGUGGAAGAUUUUCACAUAGCAGUGUCUUAUUGGUUCACACGAGAAGAGCCCACAAGGGGGAAAAACCGUUCAUCUGCAAGACCUGCGGGAACAGAUACUUAGCUGCGUUUCAAUUGGCAAGGCAUGUAAGAUGGCAUACAGACAAGUAGCCUUGUAGUUGGAAGAUACAUGGGAGCUCACUCAGUUCUUGAGUUAAUAAUUCCUGCAAAUGUUUGACAAAUUAGAUUUUUCUUUUGGUUUUAGAAUUGGUAUAUACUUCAGUAAUAUGAGUGGAUUGUGAACACAGAUGUUUAGCUUGAGAAACACUCUCUGUAUUGUUGAGUCAGUUAUGUUGUCAUCAUUACAAUGAGACAACUUUUCUUUUUUGUCUACAAUGUGUCAUUUAUUUUAUAUUUUUAUGUUUUUUUGGAUUUUAUAGGUGGCACAGAAACAAAAAUUGUAGAUGGAGUGCUACAUGGUGCUGUCACAAAUCAGCCAAAGCAAUAGUAAUGAAAAGUGAAUGAAUUGUAAUGAUCAGUGCUCAAAGGGAAGUGAGCAAUGAAACUGUUUUUUGAUCUCAUGUCUGUAUUCUAACAACAAAGCUUCAUGAGGUGAUGACCAGUCAUUGUGAAGAAUUGUUCUUUUACGAGUGUUAAGUUAUACCACGCAAGAGGUGUUUUAAUGUUGCAAAUCACCGGCUUUAGAUGGUUCAUUUUUGAUUUAAUACCGUAGCUGAUGCAUAUCAAUAGUUUGAGCAGUGGAGCUGCCUCGAGUUGAGCAAGAUGUGGUGGAAUGUAACUGCAUGUACGCAAAUGCUGUAUUGAUGAACCUGGAAGCAUUACACUGCUAUUAUUUUUCUACUAAUGGACAUUAAACUCUGAAACCAAUCUCUACGCACGCUU